AUGGGUCAUAGACGCUUUCUUCCUCUUAAUCACAAAUGGAUGAACGAUAAGAAAUCAUUUGAUGGUACUGUAGAGAGGAGAUUACCUCCAAAUACAUUAUCUGGUGAUGACAUACUUGAUCAAGUGGCUGAUUUAGAUGGGUUACCUCUAACUAAUGAUCAAAAGAAGAAGGUUAAAGUAUCACAUGAUAGUAGAGUUGAUAAUUGGAAUAAGAAGAGUAUAGUUUUUGACCUUCCAUAUUGGAAAACUCUGAAAGAAUUACAUCCAAAAGCAAAUGGAGAAAAAUAUGAGUUACCGACAACAUGUUUCACAUUAUCUCCUGAAGAGAAGCAUACGUGUUUAAGUUUUUUGAGGGAUUUAAAGGUUCCAGAUGGAUUUUCAUCAAAUAUUUCUCACUGCAUCAAUAUGAAAGAUCACAAAAUCUCAGGAUUAAAAUGUCAUGAUUGUCAUGUUCUUCUUCAACAUUUAAUCCCACUUGCCAUACGUAGUAUGCUAUGCAAUGAAGUGUGUGAGCCGCUAAUUGAGUUGUCAUCAUUUUUUAAUCUGCUUGGAGCAAAGUGCUUAAAACUUGAGGAGUUGGAACAAAUAAAUGCACAAAUUCCUGAAACUAUAUGCAAGUUAGAAAAGGUUUUCCUUCCUUCAUUUUUUAAUGUCAUGGAGCGCUUGCCAGUUCAUUUAGCUAAUGAGGUUAUGAUUGGUGGACCUGUUCAAUACCGAUCAAUGUAUCAAGUGGAACGAUGGUAUUUGCAUACAAUGGAAACAAAAUUCAAUCUCCUUGAACGAAACGAUGAUGGGGUUGCUGUAGAAUCCAAUGGAGGUUUAAUGAUCUUCUGUCAACCUGGAAAAGCUUUAAAAGGUGGCAAGCCACACCUACUUGAUUUAAAAGAAAUGGAGCAAGCCCAUAUUUAUAUUUUGAAGAAUUGUGAUGAAGUUCAACCAUUUCUUGAAGAGUUUUCUCAAAUUCCAGGUGAUUCCUCUAAAAAAAAUUGGAUAGGCAAUUCAUCAGUUGGUUUAAAGAAAAGAUUCCAUGUACAAGAUUAUGAUAAUGGUUUGAGGACUCAAAAUUGUGGGAUAGUUGUUGCUAGUGAGACUGGUGAAGAUGAUAGAAUCAUUGAUUACUAUGGGGAACUAACAGAGAUUCUUGAAUUACAAUUUGUUGGGGGUAGACGGCUGGUUUUGUUUAUAUGUAUGUGGUUUGAUGUAUAUGACAAUGAAAGGCGAGUUAAAAUGGAUGAAUAUGACUUUGUAAGUGUUAACCCCCAACGGUUUUUGAAAACCGAUGAGACUUUUGUAUUAGCCAAUCAAGUAUCACAAGUAUUUUAUGCUAGAGAUCAUUCUAAUAAAGCCUGGAAUGUGGUGCGAAAGUUUCUGCCUUGUGAUUCUUUUGAUGAUGUGCAAGAGAAUGAUCAUGAGUUUAAGGAUUUACAUGAUUCAAUUGAUAGGAAAAGAAAAAGAACUCAUACAAGUUUGGAAUAA